AGCCCGCCCCACCCGGCACCGAUGACGAUGACGUCGUCCUUAUCCUUCGCGGACGCCGCCCGCACCCGCAGCGCGCGUCGCCGGUGCGCGUUCGAAGAGCGCGACGGCGUCCGGCGUGGAACAUGCGCGCGAAGACGCGCGUGCGCGGCUUGCAUUUCACUCGACCCGGGUUCGUGUGUGAGUGGGUGGCUCAGCCUCUGUGCACGGGUCGGCACGCACCUCGUGCGUACUUGUGCCGAGGAAGGGCGCGGGCGAUCAAUUUUUUUUCCACACUGGACGGAAGGUUGCGGACGGUCACACUGCGCGUGCGCUGCCCCGUCCACGGCCCUUCCGCGGCGUUCGCACGCACGGGCGUGGACCGACGCCAUGGCUGCGAGGGAGCGCGAGCGACUGCGGCAGGCGGAGCUCGAAUCCGACCGCCUCAGGGAGGAGCUCGAGACGGUCGCGAACCACCUCGCGCACGAGCGCGCCGAGCGGGAGAGGGACGCGGCGCGAUGGAGGGCGCGCGAGAGCGCCGCGAACGACCGCGAGAGGCUGGCUCGGACCCGCAUCGCCGCUCUUGAGGUACGAGCGUGACCCGAUAUUCCCCCCGCGCGCACCGGCGGGGCUUGGGGCGGGGCGCCGGAGUUCUCCCUCUCACCCCGGGAGCAACCCCCCGGGGGGAACCGUUGGUCGUGAUGUUAAAAUUCCUCCAAACGUCGCGUCGCGACGCCUGUUGACCCCCGCCCGUCCCUCGUCAUCCUCGC